AUGGGUGUUGUGGAGGGUCUCUUAGCAUUUGCUUUGGCCCUGAAUGCGGUUGUGGUGUGUAAUGGAGGCACAAGCAGCACCUUCCUUAGGAAAUCCGAGAAGACGGUGGAUAUGCCACUAGACAGUGAUGUGUUUUCUGUUCCUUCUGGUUAUAAUGCUCCUCAGCAGGUUCAUAUAACGCAAGGUGACCUUGUGGGGAAGGGAGUGAUCGUGUCAUGGGUGACGAUGGAUGAACCAGGGUCGAGCAAAGUGCGUUACUGGAGUAAGAACAGUGACAAGAAGAAGACUGCAGAAGGGAAAAUUGUUACUUAUAGGUUCUUCAAUUACUCAUCUGGGUUUAUUCAUCACACCACCAUCAGAAAUUUAGAGUACAACACCAAAUACUACUAUGAAGUUGGCCUUGGGAACACAACACGGCAAUUUUGGUUUGUAACCCCUCCAGAAAUUGGCCCUGAUGUACCAUAUACAUUUGGUCUCAUAGGGGAUCUUGGUCAGAGUUUUGAUUCAAAUAAGACGCUUUCUCACUAUGAAUUGAGUCCAAGUAAAGGAGAAACUGUACUGUUUGUUGGAGACCUCUCUUAUGCGGAUAACUACCCGAAUCAUGAUAAUGUUAGGUGGGAUACUUGGGGAAGGUUUACAGAAAGAAGUGUUGCUUAUCAACCAUGGAUAUGGACUGCAGGGAACCAUGAAAUUGAUUUUGCUCCAGAACUUGGUGAAACCGAACCUUUCAAGCCUUUUACCCACCGUUACCAUGUUCCUUACAAAGCAUCUCAGAGCACUUCACCCUUCUGGUAUUCUAUCAAGAGAGCUUCAGCACACAUCAUUGUCUUGGCCUCAUAUUCAGCAUAUGGCAAAUAUACACCACAAUACAAAUGGCUUGAACAGGAGCUACCGAAAGUUAACAGGAAAGAGACUCCUUGGUUGAUUGUUCUCAUGCAUUCACCUUGGUAUAAUAGCUACAAUUAUCACUAUAUGGAAGGGGAAACAAUGAGAGUAAUGUACGAACCCUGGUUUGUGGAGUACAAGGUUGAUGUUGUGUUUGCUGGUCAUGUUCAUGCCUACGAACGAUCUGACCGUGUUUCUAACAUUGCAUACAAUAUUACAAAUGGUCUUUGCACUCCUGUGAAAGAUCCAUCAGCUCCUGUAUAUAUCACCAUUGGUGAUGGAGGAAACCUUGAAGGCUUAGCAACCAACAUGACGGAACCACAACCAGAGUACUCUGCAUUCCGAGAGGCCAGCUUUGGACAUGCCAUUUUUGACAUAAAGAACCGAACACAUGCUCACUACAGCUGGCACCGAAAUCAUGAUGGACUUGCGGUGGAAGCUGAUCAUAUUUGGUUAUUCAACAGAUACUGGCACCCAGUUGAUGAUUCCACUACUCAUUUUUCACAUUAA